AUGGUUUCCAACAAACUAAUUGCGGCUGCCUUUGCAAACCUGGCGUUGCUAGCUUCUAUUAAUGCAGGGCCUUGUAAGCACCAGAGUGUCGCUACAUCUGCCACUGAAACUGCUUCCGUCACCUUUGUAUCCGACACUACUACUGCCCUUUCCGCUACCAUCGAGACAAGUAUCGCAACUACCGAGACUAAGGCUACAACUGAGACAGAGGCAACUACCACGCUGACUCAGGAUGGAACAACUAUGAGCGAGUCCGUGAGAGAAGCAUCAACGACUACCGUCUUAAGCGAGAGCGCGACAGUCGGCAGCAGCAGCGACACUACACUCGUCACCAGCAGUGAGGCUACUACAGCGCCAACCACCACCGAAGGCACAACGACCGUAGUCGAGACCGCUACAACCACUACAACCGCCGAAGCAGAGCCAACAGAACUCUUCAUCAACGGCAACUUCGAUCUAGGAACAGUAAACCCCUGGCUAUCAGACACCGACCCCAUCCAGCUUGGCUCCUCCUCGCCCUACGAAGGUCCAGCCUACGCCCGCCUUCAAUUCGGAGAAUCCGAUGACAACGAGUCAGUCAACAACAGGGUCUACCAAAAGAUCGACAAGUCGCUUCUCAAAGCAGGCAGCUAUAAACUCGCUGCUUGGCUCCGCGUCGACCAAGCCACGGUUAGCCAGCGCGCCGACGGGUGCAAUGCAAUGGCUGUUGGCUGCUACUAUGGAGACCCGAGUAACAUUGUGCCCGUCAUAGGUGGCUCGAACACAGUCAGCGCCGAUGAUGCUGUGAAUCAAUGGGCAUCUCUCGAUAUUAUCUGUUCACUUUCGCAGGACAAACUGGACCAGUAUGGCUAUCUCAGUGUUUCUGUUGGAUUCAGCUGUAAGAAUGCUGAGGGUGACGUUGAUGCGGUGACCUUCGAGGAAGUUGGUAUUUAA